AUGGCACCUUCCACAUUGCUGCUCCCCUUCUCACGGCUGCUGACCCCCACUAGGCUCCCAAGCAUCUCUUCUGCAUGGUCAAAGUUCUGUGUGUGGGAGCCACUACAUAACAAACCUGAUUGGCUGAAAGUUGGCCUGACCUUGGGCACCACCAUCUUCCUGUGGGCCUAUCUCAUCAAACAACAUAAUGAAGAUGUUUUAGAGUAUAAAAGAAGAAAUGGGUUGGAAUAAACUUUUGAAAUACCAAUACAGUAUGCUCCAUAUAGUGAUUAUAGCAGUUCCU